AUGAAUGUUUCCUGCAAAAAUGCUACAAUUUUUAUCUUCAAGUUGUUCAACUUUUCCAGUGAAGCAGAAAGCUUUGAAGAAAAAGCCUUGUUAAAUAGUAUAAAGCCAAGCAAAUACACAUGCAUACUCUUUACACUCGCUCUACGACGUUUUUCAUACGAUGUUUCAAAAAGACUUGUCCCUCCUCCCCUUUCGCAUGCUUUCCUUCCAUUUGUCGUCGCAGAGAUGUCUUCUGACGAUUCGGAUGACGAGGUGCAAAAGAAUUCCGAGGACGACGAGCCCCAAGGCAGAAACGAUGAGGGAAGUGAUCAUGAUUCGGAGGUUGACGACGGGCCAAAGAAGAAGAAUCGCAAGCGAAGGAUAGCUUCCGAUGAUGAAGAGGAAGACGAAGAAGAGGAGGAGGAGGAAGAAGAUUCAGAUGACUCAUCGGCCAAACAGAAGAAGGGCAAAAAGAGAAGAAAAAAGCCUCGUGGUUCGGAUUUUAUCCUUCACGAUGUCGAUGUAGAUGAUGAAGACGCUGAAGAGGACGACUAUUCUGACGAUGACAUUGGAGGCUUGGACCGAACGGAGCGAGAAGAAGCCGAAAAAACCAUGAGGGAACUUGACGCGGCAAGAAUCAAGGAAAACGAUCGGCGAAAUAUGUUCAAGGAUAUGUCGGCCGAAGAGAUUGCCGAAUAUUAUGAAAACCGCUAUCGCGAUGAGGGUAGAAGUGCCGCUGUUGAGUACGAUGAUGAUGCAAGCUAUGCUGGUGACAUUGCUCAAAAUGGAUUGCUACCAUCAACGAAAGACCCAAAUCUCUGGAUUGUGAAAUGUCGAAUCGGCGAAGAAAAACUUGUUUGCAUGCAGCUGAUGCGAAAAGCGCUUGCUUUUGAGGCCACCCAACAACCGCUUCAAAUCAAAUCAGUGAUCUACAAAGAAGGUCUCAAGGGAAUGCUUUACGUUGAGGCUUUCAAACAAUCGCACGUGGCUCAAGCAAUUGAUAGUAUUGGCGCACUAAAUGCAUUCAACAUUGUGAUGGUGCCAAUCAAAGAAAUGGUGGAUUCUCUGCGUGUUGUAAAGGAUAUACCUCAACUGAAACCGGGGACUUAUGUACGACUAAAGCGCACGAUUUACAAGGACGAUCUGGCUCAGGUCGACUGGGUAGACAUUGCACAAAACAAAGUGAACCUAAAAUUGCUACCUCGAAUCGAUUACACCAGAAUGCGAGGAGCGUUGCGAACAGAGGCCGACCGUGCUUUAAAAAAGACACGGCGUCCAGGACCACAACUCUUCAAUCAAGAGAAAAUCAAGGAAAUUGGAGGCGAGGUUACAAACGAUGGUGAUUUUACGAUCUUUGAAGGAAAUCAUUACCGACGCGGGUUUCUCUACAAAGCGUUUCCAUUGAAUGCAAUUAUUGAUGAAGGAGUGAAGCCAUCACUUACAGAACUUGAAAAGUUCCAAGAAACGUCCGAUGAUUUGAAACGCGAUUUGGAGAAAACGUCAAUUAAAGGAUCAACAACCAAGUUCGCUCCUGGAGAUAUUGUUGAGGUGGCUGAAGGUGAACUUGUCAAUUUGCGUGGUAAAGUUCUCACUGUUGAUGGAGAUCAAGUCCACAUUAUGCCCGACCAUGAGGAUUUGAACGAGGUUAUCACACUCAAGGCCGUUGAACUUCGCAAACAUUUCAAACCUGGUGAUCAUGUGAAAAUCAUUGAUGGAAAGUAUGAGGGAGAUACUGGACUGAUUGUGAAAACGGAACUGAAUGAAGUGGUUAUCUUCUCCGAUUUAACGAACGAUGAAAUCAAAUGUCGCCCUAGAGACGUUCAACUGUGUGCUCAAAUUUCAUCGGGGGUGGAUUCACUUGGAAAAUAUCAGUUCCAUGACCUCGUACAAAUUGAUCGUGAAACCGUGGGAAUGAUUGUGCGACUGGAAAGGGAAACUUUGGAGAUUCUCAAUAUGUAUGGAAAGUUGGUUCGGCUGAAACCACUGGCCAUUAUGGGGAAAAAAGAAGACAAGUUUGCACAAGCUUUGGACUCGACUGGAAACAGCGUCCAAGUCAAGGAUAUGAUCAGAGUUAUCGACGGACCUUAUCAUGUGAAAAAAGCCGGAGAAGAAGAAUUGACGGGUGAAAUCAAACAUCUCUUCCGGAGCUUUGCAUUUAUCUACUCAAGAAAGUUCACCGAGAAUGGAGGAAUAUUUGUCUGCCGACCUAAGCACUUGACUCUUCAAGGAGCGAAAAAUGAACGAAGAGGAGAUGGACCAACAUUGAAUCGUCUUGGUUUCCUUGCUUCUCCAAGACACAUGGGCGCUGCCACACCAAAAGCAAACACUCCAUCAAACGCCGCAAGAACGCCUACAAUGGGCAUGCUUGGUGGACAAGGAAAUUCCCGGGUCAGACGUGAUGCUGCAAUUAUCGGCAAGAGCGUCCGGAUCACUCAAGGUCCGCUCAAAGGAUAUCACGGUAUUGUCAAGGAUGCAACAGAACAAACUGCUCGAGUUGAACUCCACACAACAUGCAAGACGAUUUCGGUUGAUCGCUCACGUAUCCAAGUUGUUGGGGAUGGGACCCCCGGUGGUGCUCCUCGUGGUAUCAGCGAGUACAUGCGAACACCAGCUGGUCCUACUGCUGGUUUUGGCAAAACUCCCGCAUAUGCAGGAAGCAAAACUCCUAUGUACGGAGCUCAAACUCCCGCAGCAGGUGAUGGUGGCCGCACUCCACAUUACGGAGCUCAAACUCCCGCUUACGGAGAUGGUGGCCGUACUCCAGGAUAUGAAGGUGGACGUACUCCAGCUUAUGAUAUUGGUGGCCGUACUCCGCAUUACGGGGGAGAGGCAGCGCGCACACCGGCAUAUGAAAGUGGAAGCAGAACACCUGGAUAUGAAUCAACGGGUGGACGGACACCAGCCUACGGAGGGCAAACACCAGCUCGUAGCGAUCGGCAUAGUAGUGAAUCUCCUGAUUCAUCUGAAGACGAAGAGCAACACGAGCCUCGCGAAAUGGAGUAUGAAUCCCCAGCCUCGCCCAUGUACUCCGCACCAACUCCUGGAAGCAUGAACCCAUUGACGCCGGCAACUUACGAUGCUCCGGCAAGCAAUUACAAUUACACCACACCGAUGUCGCCAAGCAACUAUUAUUCGGCUCCAACUCCAUACUCAAGCAACGAUUACGACAAUGCAAUUCCACAAAAUUACUUGGACGGCGGCGAGUGGCUCGAAGAAGGUCUUGUCGUGCAAAUUAAGAAUUCGCAUGAAGAUGAAGAUGUUCGUGGAAUGAAUGGAGUUGUUAAUAGUGUUCACGAGGAGUAUUGUAUUCUUUGGUUGUCUGAUAUUGAGAGAGAAGUACGCGCCUACUACGAACAACUUAACCCAAUUCGCCCACAACAAGGAGAACAGACGCGAAUUAUUUAUGGUGAAGAAGCUGGGUGUGUUGGAACGCUUGUAUCUGUUGAUGAUAAUGAUGCAGUUGUAAAGGUCGCUGAAGAUGAUGUGCGUCUCGUCAACUGGAUGAGUUUCCUUCGGUUGAUGAUCGAUUUUUGUCGAGAGAAUCUCCUUCUCACGAUGACCAUUAUAUCCGUGAUUCUUGGUGUCUCUCUUGGAUUCGGUCUUCGUCCAUUAAAUCUCUCCCCGGAAACACUGCAAUUAAUCAAUUUUCCCGGCGAAAUCUUCAUGCAGGUGUUGAAAAUGAUGAUUUUACCACUGAUUUUCUCGUCACUUGUUUCAGCUCUUGCUCAAAUGGAUGCCAAAGAAUCGGGGCAAAUGGGUCUAUGCACUGUACUUUACUACAUAACAACGACAAUAUUGGCCACAAUGCUGGGCAUCAUGUUGGUGGUGACGAUUCACCCGGGAGAUCCGUCUGUUAAAGUCGGUCUCAUUCCUGAGGCUCCAACUGAUGCUGAUGUCUCGCCAUUAGACACUUUUCUCGAUCUUGUUCGAAACAUGUUCCCUGAAAAUAUUCUCCAGGCCUCGUUUGAGCGAGUACAGACUGAAUAUCAGAUGAUAAAACCGGUUCGUCGGAAAAACUCCACGGAUACUUCGUUUGUGUUGCGGAAACGUCUGGUGACCUCAAGUGGGAUGAAUAUUCUGGGAAUUAUCGUUUUUUGCACGGGAUUUGGUAUCGUUAUCUCACAGUUGGGAGAAAAAGCGCGAAUUGUUGUUGAUUUUUUUGUGAUUCUUGAUGCGGUGAUUAUGAAAUGGGUCGAGACAUUGAUGGUAUUUGCCCCGUUGGGAAUCACGUGUCUAAUCUGCGGGAACCUCUUGGAAUUGGAUGACCUCAGUGACACGGCUGCAGUAUUGGCCAUGUAUGUGGUUUGUGUGAUGGCGGGUUUUGUGAUACACACCGUUUUCGUGAUGCCAUGCGUGUAUUUCUUGGUCACAAGAAAGAAUCCCCUUCACAUAGUUAGCGGAAUGUUACAAGCAAUCGUCACCGCUUUUGGGACAGCUAGCGGUGGUGCCACACUGCCGAUGUCGAUGCAAUGUCUUGAAGACAAUUGUGGAAUCGAUCGACGGAUCACUCGUUUCGUGUUGCCACUUGGGAGCACAAUCAAUAUGGAUGGAAAUGCCUUGUACGAGGCAGUGGCCGUCGUCUUCAUCGCACAACUCAACAAUGUCGAAUUGUCCUUUGUCGAGGUGAUCACUGUGAGUGUAACCGCAACGGUUGCCUCGAUCGGCUUGGGAUCUGUGCCUGCUGGUUUGGUCUCAAUUCUGCUCAUUCUUAACACUGUCGGUUUACCGAUUAAAGAUGUCUCGUUGAUCAUCACUGUCGAUUGGUUACUAGAUCGAGUGAGAACGGCGGUUAAUGUGAUCGGCGAUGGUUUCGCGUCGGGAGCGGUGGCUCAUUUGCUGCAGAGAAGGCUUGAAGCUGCUGAUGCAAGACAUGACUAUAAAGCUGAGAUAAAAGAAGACAUCGAGCUCUUGAAAUCGGCAGCGAACAGCGAGAAUCCGAGUCGACGUCCAAGUGCCUGGAGUGAGCUCUCGAAUACCGCCUAUUUCCCGGCGAAAUCCUCAUUCUCGGGUCUUCCGAGCCGCUCCGUUUCUCGCCGUCCAUCAACAAUGGGACAACUCUCGUGGAGACAUCCACUCCUCGACACACUCUAUCCACAACAACAAACUCUACAAAAUGUC